CCUUGGAUAUUGAAAUUUAAUUAUUUGACUACUAAACAAUAACUAUUUACAGAUUUUUAAACCAUUUCCUUGUGUUUUAAAAUGGAACAACUGAAUGCUGGCCAGGAAGAAUCCAUUUUGAUAACUCUUUUUGUAAAUCCCCAUCAAUUCAGCUAUGUGAGAUGCAUAGAUGUCGAGAACUCAGCCAUGUUGGUCCGCCAAAUAGAGCAGGAUUUAGCGGAUUACUGCACCAGUGAAAGGACGCAGCAGGUUUACGUGGAGAAUGAGGGAGUUAUUGUGCGCUACAAGCCCUGGCGUCCACACAAGCUCCUGAGGGGUGUGGUGCGCCGGCGGGAGGACGAUGAGUACCUGGUUUGGAUCCAGGAUUACGGAUUUAACCUAUGUUGUUCUGUGCGGGAUUUGUGGCCGCUGCCUGACCAUUUGAGCCGCAGUUUAUGCAACUUUAAAGAGGGUGGUGUGGCCUUGAUUGCUCCCCAUUGCGACAGUGGCUGGCCCCGAUCCGCCAUUAACGCUUUGGACAGGCAACUGGAGGCAGCUAAUAAACUCACAUUUCAAGUCAUACAUCGUGGCAAAUCAAAUCGGAAUUUCGGCGUACUUAAGUUCAGAUCACCGUGCCAGACUGAGGAUGCUGCAAACUUUCUGAUAGCGCAGGACCAAGGACGCUACGAUGACUCUUUGACGAUGCUCGGCUCUGACGAGGAUAACAGUUUUAGAACGGCCGAGAUCAACGACAUGUCGAUCGAAGCACGACCACGUGUUAGAAGAAUAAUCCAACUAGUGGCUGGUAAUCCAUUCCUUCAAAAGCCCAUCGUAUUGUCCAAGAACGUACAGCCAAUUGGACAAGUUUCAACUCCAAUUCCUUCAGCGAUUCAGCAGCAGCAGUUAGAUGCCCUGCUCCAGAGUCGCGACACCUAUCUUAUACCAAAGUCAGUGAAAGUCCUGAGCAAGGUUCAAAGUAUCAACGGAAGUUCCGUGCAAACUGCUCUGGUUAACAGGUCAAAACAAAUGAUCCAAGAAAUGCCAGAUAAAAACAAACUAUUAGACGUAAAUGGAAAAAUGGGAUCUGAUCAUCUAUCACAAUGUUUAUCAAAACUGAAGCUUUCAUCAUCGACUGGAUUAAGUAACCGACCGUGUUCAUCUACAAAUUCAAACGCAGAUGUGCGUAAAUCGAUGUCAUUAACAUUUGUGCCCACUUCCGUGAUGUUAAAUGCAUCAAGAACUCAUUUAACGCCUUCAUCAUCCGCACCUUUAAAAGAAAAUGUUACCAACCAAUCGGGAAAUCGAGCAGUAUCAUUUUCAAUGGAUAAAAUGGAACAGAUAUUUAAUGACAUGAUGGGUAAAAAAUCCUCCGAUAGAGUUGGACAAAAAAGCCGAAACCAGAUGUCAAAUCCAAAUGUUUCAACAACAAAAAGAGUUGUAAAAAAGAUGGACCUAUCUCGCUUAGAAAGCACAGGUGAUAGAAAACCAAGUGCCUGUUUAAAAAAUCUAGUGCUGGCCCACAGUUCUGAGCCAGUGAAUCCUGUAACUAGUUACAAGGAAUUGUCCUUAGGCAACACUAUCUCAAAGGCCAUGGAUGACUUGAACUUCAACACACCCCUGCCCACGCAAACUUACGCCUGGCCGCAUCUCGUGAAUCGCGGAUCCCUGGUGCUGGUUAAUCCCUCCGGAACGGGUCGCUCUUGGAGCUACCUUCCUGUUGUCUGCUCUGCCGUGUUGCGCUCCUUGGAAAAUGUAACUUCAAACCUCGACGAUCGGAUGGCCCCGGGUCCUCUGGCCAUACUGGUAGUGGAUUCUGUAGAGAAUGUUGAAAAGCUGACUUCACAUUGCGAUUUCCUAAUGAGAGAUUUCAAAACACAGAAUCAUAAGGUGCUCAAUACACAUGCUUGUUCCGUGAUAGAUGCGUACCUGAUUCUACUUAACUCGUGCGGUGUUUUAGUGACAACACUGGCGCACUUAAAGGACAUAUUGUUCAAUGAAUUACCACUGGUAGAUUCGACUAGAUUAGAGUUCCUAGUCUUCGAUGACUAUGAUCGCAUGCGACUGGAGAACCCGGAGCUUCUGGAAGAAGUGUUUCAGAAAGUUAAUAGCAUGGGUUGUCUGCCAAUGCAGUUAGUCGUGGUAGCUCAACAAUGGCACUCUGAGAGAUUUCAGAAGCUCUUAAAUCGUACAACGAAGCCACUGGCACUAUUUGGUGACUUCUUAGAGGCCGCCCUAUACGGGGGUCUCAAAUUCAAUGUCAUUCUUCGCAGUUUCGCCUUGAAGGCAAGACAGCUUCUCGAUGUCCUGGCAGCACAGAAAGGUCCCAGAAAGCGCACACUGAUCUACUGCAAAAAUCAGAUGGAGCUGAAGGAUCUAAAAGUGAUCUUGCUAGGGGCUGGACAUCAAUGUAUAGACAUUUCAAAUUCACAAAAUCUGGACCCUAAUAAGUUGAUGCUGGUCGACGAUAGCCAGGUCCAGGGACAGUUGCAAGUGAGAAACAUUCAGCUGCUUAUCCACUUCAGUCUUCCGGAGUCGUGGUUAAGAUUUUCCGCCAGAUUUCACACAAUGGCCGACAACAUACCGAAUUUAUUUACAACACCAAUAGGAAGAGUGCAGCAGUUAAUUACUUAUAUAUUGCUGGACGAGAAGAAGGCCAAGGAAUGGCCUCGCACCAUGAAGUUCUUACAGGAUCACGGAUUGGCCACCAAGCACUUGAUGUCCCAAUUCCCAUCCUUUAGUCAGCAGCAGUUCGAUGUCGGUUCUCCCUACUGCCCAUACAAACUAAGCAAUGGUGAUUGCAACCGCAACCAGUGCAACAAGCGACAUCACUUCCUUAAAACGGAUCUUCCGAAGAUUGAAAGUCCUCUUCUGCAACCGGGUACCCUAAUUCGAUGCAAGUUCCUCAAAGCUUAUGACGCCGCUCAUAUGGCUGUUAUACCCAUGAAGUACAAGUCUAAAGGAUCGACCAGUUGGAUGGAUGUGCCUUAUCCUUCACAUCCAUCGACGUUAGCCUUCAAGAUGAGCUUCGGUGUGCCACGGAAGGUACAAGACCCAUAUAACAUUAACGAUGUGUGUUUUGUGCGACAUCAGGAACUCCUAAGCCGGGUUAGGGUUGUGGACAAUCCUGUCGGACGUCCGGUCACUGUUCAGUUGAUGGAUCAUGGCACUGAGUUGGUGCAGGUCAAGGGGAGUCAGCUGCUGGAGUGUCCGGAGAAGUUUAGAAACCUGCCACAACUGGCCAUGGAUAUACGUUUGUCGGGAUUGGUUGGAUCACGACAAGGAGGAAAGUGGUCAAUUGACUCCAUUCUAUGGGUGCAGGAGCGGUUUGCUGCCAUCAACGGAGAGAUCAUGCAGAUAACAGUCGACUUUGGUGUUCUGGAUGUGGCUUACGUCAAGGAAAUUGCUCUGAUAGAGGAGUGCCCAACAAUGCUAACGAGUGUAUACAGAACGUUUUUGCGCAAGGAACUGCUUCGACAAGGAUUCGCCAAAAUUGACAACACAAACAUCCGAGAGCUCCAAGCCAUCUAUGAUGAUUGUAAAAAAGAAAUGGGAGAGUUUAAAGCCAACAAGAAUAACAUUGAAUGUUGUGCUACCGACUUAGCUGAUCGUAACAACAAACAAGCUUCGUUGGAAAGAAAUGUAGAAGACCUUGAUCCGGUUAAGAAGAACUUAUUCACAGCUUCACCUAACAGCAAUGAAAAGUUGGAGGAAAGAAAUGAUGUCGAACUCCCGAAUGAAAAUAAUUCUGCACUAGCAGAUGUAGAUGACCUAAGCAAAUCCGUGGAGGUGGGAGAAGUCAGAGAUGCUUUACCUAUAGAUAGUUCCACUGCAUUAAUUAACGCUCUGAUUCACGAGCUAGACACUACAAGUCCGCAAAAGAAAAAGAUUACACAGGAAUUCCUACAAAACCUAGUGCAUAGAGAAGAGAACCAGACAAUUCCACACAAAAUGUCCUCUGAAAAAUCCGUUAAACAAGAUAAAACAUUAGUGGUUGGACCCCAAGAUCCUCCAAAGGAACUCGUUUUACAGUCCCUAAACUGCGUCGCAAAAUCUAGAGAAUCGGUAUAUCCGAUGGUCAAAUGGCACCAGACACAAACCCAUGUCGAACUUAUAGUUGAACAGCAGGUGCUGGAGUAUAAGCUUGUUCUAAAAAGAAAUGCGUUAAAAUAUUAUGUGAAUGGAACGACACCUCCUCAGAGAUUCAUCCUUAAUCUGCUUGGAGAGGUGAGGAUUGACUCGGUGAAGCAACACGGUUAUUACCUACGAAUCAAGUUGACCAAGGUUGGUCUACUCUUCCACUGGCCAACUCUUCUCAACUCGCUGUAUCUCCAAAAACAUGCCCACUGGCUGAUCUACGAUACGGAGCGUUCUCAAGGACCUCCACCUCCAUCAUUGGGUUUGGUCCUUUGGGAAGGGUACCUGACGCACGAGAAAACGAAGAGUUACUCCGAUCCUGCAAGAGAUGAAUUCGAUUCCACACCAGAGGACUUCGAGCCAGGGGUGGAAUAUUGCGAUAUGGACUCAACCUUAUAUGAAGACUAACAGCGUUUUUAGGGCUGCCAUUUGCUUUAGUUUACUUUAAAAACUAAACUAGAAUUUCCAUUAGAAUUAUACCUACAUUUAUUUAAAACAAAUAAAUAAAAUAACAAAAAUU